CAAUCGCAAUGAUACUCUAGAUCAGCACCGCCCAAGCAUUUUUUUUUUUUUGCUCGGCGAAGUAGGAUGCCAUUGCAUUUGCGCCCACCCGUUAACCAAGUAUUACCAUUGAUUGCCAAAUAGGCUACACCCUUCUGAUUUUAUAUCCUCCUGGCACCCACGAUCGCUUCCACUCUUGGACCGCAAACAUCAUGGCGGGCAUAAAUGGUUGCAUUGGCAACCUUAGGAAGCAGAUACAGGAUAGCCUGGUUACCUCGCUUUCCCAGCGCGAUUUCCUACCCACCGACAAGCUUCACGAAAUAUUUACUCUCCGAGCAGUUAAGGGCGCCGUCGAAGAACUUAAUUGCGGCCCAGAUGAUCGCAUCAAAUUAGCGGACACGAUAUAUCACCAAGGCAAGAGGGUGUUUGCCAUGCUCAUUUACAGCUAUUGGCAAGAUCUCAUUAUAGAAUUCCGCAAGCAUGAUGCUCUUGAUAGCCGACUCCCGCUGACUGAAGCUGAUGCGAUGACGAUUAUCGAACCCGGCAUUGCGCUCCGGAUUGCCCGGGAGGUCCAGUGGGGCUUUUGCCCCUAUACCUUCCCGGAGAACAUGUCGGAGCAUCAUCGUGAGAUUCAAAGCAAAAUAAUUAUUCCUUUCAUUGGUGCUGAGCAAAUCGGCUUUGGCGCAUUCAGUAAUGUAGAUAAGAUGACUAUCUCGCCGUCUCACCAAAACUUUGACAAAGAUGCGAAAACAUUACAAGUAGUGCAAAAGAAGCUCAAGAAGAAAGGCAAGACUGAGGAGUUUGAAAGAGAAAAUAGGUGUUUGCGACUCCUAAACCAGCUGCACCAUCCCAACAUCAUUCCUCUAUGGGGCUCUUACACGUGCUGUGACGAGCAGAACUUCCUCUUCCCAUAUAUUGACAUGGAUCUCGGUUCGUUCCUAAAGGCUAAAACCCGCCACCAAGAUUUCCAGUGGGAUUUUACUUUCUACUCGGCUCUCACAGGGCUCGCUUCGGCGCUGUCAAAAACACACUACCUUCUCCUCAAUCAAGCUGACCACGACAUCGACUUCGAGGCAAUCGGCUACCAUCAUGAUAUUCGACCACCUAAUAUCCUAGUUGGUCCCGAUACUUUCAUCCUGGCUGACUUCGGACUGGGGAGGCUAAAGCAGGCGGGGGACCCGUCGCACACGCCUUACAAAUGGAUCAGUGGGGAUUAUGUUGCUCCCGAAAGCACUGACAGUCAAGAGAACCCACUUACCACCAAUCGAGCCACCGAUGUAUGGGCGUUUGGUUGUCUUAUCGCCGAGGUUGUCACCUAUAUGCUGAAAGGGACAGCGGGGGUCGAAGAAUUCCGCACGAAGCGACUCACACCAGGAAGGUUUCCUCAAUGGAAAGAUACCGGCUUCUAUCAGCCUUGUGGUAAUGUCAAGCAAGAAGUCAUCGAUUGGAUGGGGGCGUUGAGGCGCGAUAAUUCCCAUUCGGACUUUGUCCCCCUGCUCGUUGACCUAGCUCUUGAUGCUCUUCAGCCUGAUCCACGAAAUAGACCUGACAUGAACACUAUUUAUAUACGCUUGAAAGUUUUGAGUAUGCAAAAACACUUUCACGCUAUCCAAGAAAAGUUUCGUGAGGUUUGCGAGACCGGAGAAAAACUAGUACCCUCACACAAGCGCCACCUGGGGAGUCUUGGAUAUGCGUACGAACGGUUCGAGGUAUGGGGCAACACUCUCACUCUGGAUAAGAAAGGAUCUCCUCUUCAUGACGAAGAUCAACCUGAUGGUUCUAUUGAGAUCAUGAAGAAGUUGUUUCAGGCACUAAGAGAAGAAGUAGAAAUGCGACACUUGGGUGAUGGGUCUGCCUUGUUUUCCCAUGAACACCGGAUAGUCCAAAGCGUUGAAUCUUUAUGGAAAUACUUGCCGAAUAGCCUUCUUCACUCGGUUGAGAAUCAACGGCAAGAGAAAGUGAAUGGUGAACUGGAUGGUCAACUUGUUGAACAAGGGCAGAGUUCGUGCCAUGCAGCUGACAACGUUGUAUUGGCCCCCGGUAUAUCUAACUCUAUCGAUCCCUUUAAGUCCGAAUUCGAAGAAAAGGCGCGAAAGUUCAAAGAUAACCUAGAUAAUGUUAUAUCUUUCGACGGGAUCCUCAAGAUAACAUCUAUUGGCGAUGUGUACGACAUCACAGACACAAUCCAGGACGAGCAGAAUGAACACGAUAAUCUUCGCAACCUAGCGAAAAUCCAAAGAUAUUUGGAGCGCCUGAAGGGGUAUGCUGACGUGAUAGAUGGUAUUAUCAGUGGGGGCCGCGAUGUUCUGGCACUCCUCUGGGGGCCGAUAGGAAUCCUUUUACAAUUAGCGAGACCGUUGAACAAGGCUUACGACUCGCUCAUUGACGCUGUUGCUGAGGUAGGGCAAAGUUUGCCCGACUUUCAAGUAUCUACCUCAAUAUUCAACCAAAACAUGGAGGCUAAAGAAAUUCUGCCCUUCUUUUUCAAAGAUCUACUAGACUUUUAUGGUGAAGCGUUGAAUUUCUUUUGUCACCCUAACUGGAUGAACGUCUUUGAUCGCCUGUGGCCAAAGCAGUGUGUGCACUACUCUGAAAUUGUAAACCGUAUACGACGGCUUACUCGACUGAUGAGGACAGAAAUACGCAUCGGGGAUAUACAACAAGAAGACGAGUUUCGAAAGAAAGCACUGGAAAGUUUUAAAGCGCAGAGAAGGGAGAAUUGUGGGCAGGAAUUCCACCGUAUCAUGACAUCUUUUAGUCCAUGCAGAUAUGAUACUACCCAGGAUCGCCUUCGUAGCCGUCGCUAUCAGGGAACUGGAACUUGGCUCUUUAUGGACAAGACUUUCACACAAUGGCUCAACAGCUCGCAGGAGGAGACUCGAAUCUUAUGGUUGAAAGGGAUACCAGGGGCAGGCAAAACAGUUCUCUCUAGCGCAAUCCUAGACCAUUUAAGAGAUAUCCAAGGGAUCAAGACAGCCUUUGCAUUCCUUACAUACCAGGAAGCUAAGACUUCAGCGUUGUCAACAAUCCACUCACUUAUCUUUCAGCUGGCAGAAAGAAAUGAAGAUCUCAUGGCUAUCGUUUGUGAAUCCACGGACAGAGACCUGAGGAGCAAUCUCAACGGCGCAGGCAAUAUUCUGUCGUCUCUUAUCCAUUAUGCUGGCUUAGUCUAUCUCGUUAUCGAUGGUGUCGAUGAAGUCAGGGAAGCAGAACGGGGUAGACUCGUUACAGAACUUCUUAGGUUAAUUGGGGUAUGCGGAAGCCUACGAAUUGUCCUCAGUACGCGACCCGAAGCCGAUCUAACGCGGCUACUGGGUGAUAAAGCAGUCGUGAUCCAGAUUCAUGACCAUAAUAAAAGAAGCAUUGAGGACUACGUUCGUGAACGCGCCCAGUACAUCUUUGGUACUCGACGGGUUCCCCUUAAUAAGAAAGACAAGAUCAUGAAGCUUUUGGAGCCGUUGGCAAGUCGUGCGGAAGGUAUGUUCCUCUAUGCUCGGCUCGUUAUGGAUAUGGUCGCGACUAUACAUGACUUGUCAGAGUUACAGAAAGAAUUGGCAGUCCUCCCAGAAAACCUUGAUGCUGCUUACCAUCGUAUCAUUGUACGUUUGGAAAGUCAUAAUGACAAGAGAAGAACAGAGAAGGCUCGGAGGCUGUUAGGAUGGGUUGCAUGUAGUGCAGCUCCAAUUACUGUCGAGGAGGCUCAUCAAGCAUUAGUUGUGAUGCCAGGUAAUCGGGACCAAGUAUUCGAAAUGGUGUCAAAGCUCGAUGUUGUCGAGCUUCUUGGUCCAAUCGUGGAGACUGUAGACAACUACAUACGAUUUGUUCACUUCACAGCAAAAGAAUAUAUCUCUAGCCCUCACCUCGGAGUGCAGCUAAUUAACACAACCCAGGCCACACUGGAUCUAGCUCUGCGGUGCAUCGCAUAUCUAUGUCAACGUCAUCAUGAUCCUGAUUUAUCAUUGAAAGAGCGAUGUGAGAAUGUCACUACUGGGCAAUAUAGCCUCCAUACCUUUGCAACACGUAUGUGGUUUGAGCUGGUCUGUCAAUAUUUUCAGUUAAUCGGAGAGGCGGAUCCGUCAACCGAGCUGGUCGAAUCUAUUCAGAUGCUGUGGGAAUAUAGAGAGACACGAGGCCUUCAUGGUACCGCGGGGGACGAGAGUGACAUUAACAGCGAGGACAAAAGCGAUAGGGAAGCUAUUUUCGAAACGUUAAAGGGAAAGCACCCUCUGCUUUAUCAAGUACUCUGCAGAGUGUCGCGGUUUCGCAAUUCAUCUUUUCUUUUCACUGGCCAGACAAACCAAGACUCCGACAAGGAUAUACAUGAUCCCUUAUUAAUAUCAAAGAUAUCUCAACUCAUUCGCCAGGCCUUGAAGAACUCCCUCUGUAAUUCACCAACUGGCUGGCUCAUGUCCGGCGAACAUGGAUGUCAUGAAGACUGUGCCAAUAUCCUGUAUUACUACGGAUCACGUCCAUUUAAAUGCAGGUUUCUAGGGUGUAAAACCUGGCAAGACGGCUUCCAAAAGCGUACUCUCAAAGAAAGACACGAACGUUCGCAUGAUAGGCCUUUAAAAUGCCAUGUUUCCGGCUGCGAAUUUGAACUUGUCGGCUUUUUGUCCGAAAGGAUGCGGCAAAAUCAUCUCAGGCAAGCUCAUCGAAGAGAUCCGACGGAAUUGAGCUUCGACACAGAGAAUAUCACCCAGGAUGGAGUUGAGAUCAUACUUUUUGACUUUAUUAAAAUAAACCAAGUGGAAGCUGUUCAAAAUAUCUUGUCUGCCUUCCCAACCGCUCUCGAGUCCCAUCAAACUCUACAUAAGCUCCAACUGCUUGCCGCCUCUACAGCUUCAAGUGAUAUGUUGAAGUUGUUAGAAGGGGCGGAUAGAUGUAAUGCAGCGAACCGAAAAUUACACGAAUGCAAGGAAUGUAUUACAGAGUCAAUUAACGCCCGCAAUGGGAGCACCUUAAGACACUUCUCGUCUAUAAAUACAACUUAUAAUAGCGGCAAUAUAAAACGGGACGAAUUUUGGGAAUUUCUACUCCUCCCCUCUAGCACGGCCAUUAUGGAACUGGUAUCGAGUGACUGGCUCGAAGGAAUGCAAAUUUGGGCCAAAUGUAUUCUAAAUCGGCUAAACUUACUCUCCGAUGCGACCAAGAAGGGGCUUAAUUUCUCCACGAUAUCACGAAGCAAGCAGUUUAUUAGGGCCGCAUCACACCGGUUUGGAAGCAAGCAGCUUAUUAUGGCCGCAUCACACCCGGUUGGUGACCAGCAACUUCUCUGCUUGUGGAGAGACUCUGGGCUCGUUCCCCUUUGGGGUAACGAUUGGGCUAAUAGAACUCUGAAAAAUGUAGCAGAAGUUGGUUUAUCAAUCACUUUAGCAGCGUUUUUGCUUGACCAAGGCGCUGAUAUUAACUAUAGACGAGGUCCUAAAGUUCAAACUGCACUUCAACGUGCAGCGAAGAAAAGCUCUGCUAAGGGAGCUGAGAUGAUCAGAUUUCUUCUUCUAAACGGCGCUCAUCCAAGGGAGAGUAUACGUGAACAGGUGGGCGCAAAAAAUAUUUAUAAAUGGUUAGGGAAGACCUGGGAUGAACUUGUUGACGAGACUAAAAGUAUACGGAAUGAUAAAGUCAAAUGACUUUCAGCUGUUCCGUGACCCAGUAUUCAAGGCUUCGAUCCCACAAUACAAUUUAUGCAAUUAUAUUAUCAAGUCUUGUAUCACAAUAACCUCUCCUUUCACCUCUUUUAGUCCGUAUGCAUUGCGUGGCAGGUACUUCUAUUCUAGCAUCUUUUUCAAUCUCUAUAAUCCUGUCAGUAGAGCGUCAUUCAAAUAAAUUGUGAUUACCUAGGAUUGGAUCUUACCUCCCACCUUCUGUAU